CCUUGAGAAACGGCCAAAUCAAAAACCGUAAAACGCUCUACCGAUAAGGGCAUUAUCUCAACAUUUGCAUUAAACAAGUCGAAGAGAUAAAAGAAAACAUUGAACGGCCUCAACGAUUACAUAAAAAUUUACCUACCUACGCCGUAACUAUUUAUACACAAAGAAUUAUUGUUGUUAUUUCCACUAGCUACAGUUACAUUCAAACGAUCAAAUGGUAACGUGAGUGCGACGUUCUAUUUAAUUUUUUGCAUAACACUUUAGUCGUCUUCGUCGGUUGUCGUCGAACGUGACAAAACAAAAAUAAUAGUAGAUAUAUUAAAAUUCGAUUGAAAACCAAACGUGUUCAUCCCGUUUCAAUAUGGCAGACCUAAUGUUCGACUAUCAGUUCAGAUUGAUUUUGAUCGGCGACAGCACGGUGGGCAAAAGCUCGCUUUUGAAGUUUUUCAACGAUGGCAAAUUUGCCGAAGUGUCCGAUCCUACAGUGGGUGUUGAUUUUUUUGCUAGAACCAUACGGAUACCCAACGGGCCGAGAAUCAAAUUGCAACUAUGGGAUACGGCGGGCCAGGAAAGAUUUAGAUCCAUAACGAAAUCGUACUAUCGAAAUUCAGUAGGAGCUCUCUUAAUAUACGACAUUACAAAACGAGCCAGUUUUGAACACAUACCUGUCUGGAUGAAUGACGCUAAAAGGCACAUUGAACCCCAUCGGCCUGUAUUCGUUCUAGUCGGUUGUAAAUUAGACUUAGUAAAUAGUGGUUUCAGUAAAAGAGAAGUAACCGAAGAAGAGGCUAAACAAUUUGGCGCCGAACACAACAUGUUGACCGUGGAAACAUCUGCCAAAACGGGUUCUAACGUCGAAUUAGCUUUUUCCGCAAUCACUCAAGAAAUUUACCAAAGAAUAAAGAGUGGUGAAUAUCAAAUGGAAGAAGGUUGGGACGGCAUCAAGAGCGGUUAUUCCCAUCAUUCGGCCAAUAUAGAUUUCAAUAACUACGUCGAAGCCGAACCAGCAAAAUCGUGUUGCUAGCCUCCCGGAGGAAUGUUAUGGGAUAAUAUGAUUAUGGUUCAUUUCCUCGCGACAACAGAACGACGGUGUUUGUAUAACAAAUUAUAGCUUUGACAAUUUUUUUUUUUCCCCUUUAUGUUUGUUUUGACAAAUUUUAACCUAACGAUAAAGUGUAAGUCACCUUUUGAUAGGAGAACGGUACAAAAGACUAGAAAUUAUGGUUUAUUAUUAUAAGUUAUGAUAAUAUACGUAUAUUUAUAGAAGUAAUAUUAAUAAUUAUAGAUUUAUGAAUCAUUUUUUUUUUUUUUCGUUGCACAUAAUAAUUAUAUAUAUUUUUUUAAUAAAACUAUU